AUGAAUGUUGGCUUCGUCGAGAGUUCAAGCCAACACGAUUGGAAUUGUUUCAUUUUUCAUGACGUUGAUCUACUGCCUUUGGACCAUCGGAUAUCCUACUCAUGCACUGAGUCACCUGCUCAUCUUAGCAGUGCAAUCGACAAAUUCAAUGAGAGUUUACCUUAUCCACACUAUUUCGGUGGAGUUUGCGCUUUCACUAAACAAGACUAUCUGUCUGUGAACGGUGCUUCGAACAGAUACUGGGGUUGGGGUGGUGAAGACGAUGAUUUGUAUCACAGGUAA